AUUCCCCUUAUUUUUUGCUACAAAAAGGUCCACAACAACAAAAUAAUAAUCCAAAACGAAGUAGCACUACAUCAGGUUAUCGAAUAAUUACAAAAGGUUUUCCACAUUAUCGAGAAGCCUUUGAUUUAUUACAUCAAGAAGUUUUAUCUGGUGUAGAGGAAGACGUUGAUGAAUACGCCUCAGAUACUUCAAUAUCUGCUGAUGGAAAUUCUUCUGGUGAAAUGGAUGAUCAUGACAAUGACUCUUAUCCCUUAAUUUCGACUACAAACAACAUAAGAAGUUCUUUAAUGGAUUCGUUAAUGGGUUGGUUGGAAGUUCCUCCAAUUGAUGCGUCUAAUUCGCUUCCAAAACAACAUAAUGUUUCUACACAUACUUCAAACAAUAAAAAUCAGACAAUAUUAGAUAUUCCAUUACAAUUCAUAGAUUUACUAACUUAUCCUGAUAUUGAUUCAAAAGCUUCAAAAAAAGCUUCUUUUGCAGCGUUACGUGAAAUUGCGUUUGUCAAACAGCGCCGUAAAGAUGCUACUGCUCUACAAAGUGGUAGUUUAAGUGACACUACCCAUUGUGGUUCCGCAGUCGCAAAAACUACCUCAAAAAGAGGUGUUUUUUUCCGUAAAAGUAACCAAAUGGUCCCCUCUUCUCAGACAAAAGACAGUUAUUCUCAUACUAAAGAUGGGUAUUCUCAUGCAAAAGAUGGGUGUUCUCAUGCAAAAGAUGGGUAUUCUCAUGCAAAAGAUGGAUACCCUCAUGCAAAAGAUGGGCAUUCUCAUGCAAAAGAUGGAUACCUUCAUGCAAAAGAUGGGCAUUCUCAUGCAAAAGAUGGGUAUUCUCAUACAAAAGAUGGGUAUUCUCAUGCAAAAGAUGGGUAUCCUCAAACAAAAGAUGGGUAUUCUCACACUAAAGAUGUGUAUUCUCACACAAAAGAUGUGUAUUCUCAUACUAAAGAUGGGUAUUCUCAUACAAAAGAUGGGUAUUCUCACACAAAAGAUGGUUAUUCUCACACAAAAGAUGGAUGCUCGGAACGUUUGACUGGUAACAUAAAUCAAGCUGAAUCUAUUUCAUUAAAUGGGUUGCAAUUCGAUUCUACAAAAUCUUCUUUUUCAUCUUCAACAAAUUCAUAUUCUUCAAUCAUAUCCACUAGCAACGCAGCAGUGCAGACUUCCAUAAGUAAUCAUGCCAUAAAAGUCAUCCAGCCAAUAAGCUAG